CACCUCCUUGUUUGUUAUGUCCAUUAGGAUUUAAUUUGCUCACGUUGGAAACGUCGGGCGAUGGUCUAUCUGAGAUGUCUGUUACUUAUAUCAAUCUUUGAUAGAUAGGGACGUCCCAAGGAUCCCGGAUAGCUUGGACCAUAAUGAUACAGCAGUGCACAGCUGAUAGAUGUUAGCCAGCCAGGCAGUGUAAAAAUGUUAACAAGCUAGCUGUCCCAAAUCCGGGGAAGAUACACCAUUUCUGUGAGGAGACUGCUCCAAACAAGUAAAUGAUCCGGCCAACAAUGGAGCAGAUACACGGCUUGUCGUCGUCUUUUGUAUUCUUCCCGAACCAUCGUUUUGGCUAAAUGUCAAUGUCAUCUCAUACAGCUAGCUAGCUAAAUAGCUAACUAAGGCCAGGGAGAGCUUGCUGGUGACUACGUCCAAACAGUUUCCCAACAGUGGGAGGAGAGGUGUGUGACUGACUCCUUGACUGCUGGCUCCUCUGGCAUUUCACCACCACCAACAGAACCAUGACUACAUCAGGUUGCUGCCACCUGCCUGGCUCCCUGUGUGACUACUCAGGCAGCGCCGACCUGCCCAAGGUGGUAGAGGAGCCAGAUGCUUGCCAGGCCCAGUACGUCGCCAAGGUUACGGCCAAAGAUGGUCGCUCACUCUCCACUGUUGUCAAAGCUGUGGGCUCACAGAGUAAUGAAGGCAUGUGUCGGAUCUGCCACGAGGGGGCCGGUGGUGAGACGUUGCUCUCCCCUUGCGACUGCACAGGGACCCUGGGUAAGGUGCACAAGAGCUGCCUGGAGAAGUGGCUGUCGUCCUCCAACACCAGUUACUGUGAGCUCUGCCACACAGAGUUCACUGUUGAACGGCGACCCCAACCCCUCACACAGUGGUUGCGGGAUCCGGGGCCUCGCAGUGAGAAGCGCACGCUGCUGUGUGACAUGGCCUGCUUCCUGCUCAUCACCCCACUGGCGGCCAUCUCAGGCUGGCUGUGUCUGAGGGGAGCCCAGGACCACCUGACCCUCAACAGCCGGCUGGAGGCUGUGGGACUCAUUGCUCUUACCAUCGCCCUCUUCACCAUCUACAUCCUCUGGACACUGGUAUCGUUCCGCUAUCACUGUCAGUUAUACUCAGAGUGGAGGAGGACCAAUCAGAAAGUGCGCCUGCUAAUGCCUGACAUAAAAGGAGCGCACUCCACCCAACAUUCCGUGCCGACGAAGUCAACCAAGAAAAUGACUGACGAGACCAUCGUAUGAGCAACGAGCGACGUGUUCUCGCAAAUAGUGUUUUAUAUAACUCGAACUUCUGCGCUUAAGGACCAUUCUGGGGGAUUCUUUUUCCAUAUUCAUUUUUGAAGCACUUGAGCCCAGAUAUGAACUGUAACCAUUUUGAUUUUGGACUCGUAGAAGGACGUGUCACUGAUGUCAUCGCCGGAUUAUGAACACUGGACUGGAACGUAAGGUCACGGCCAAUAGCGGGAUACAGCUGAUGCAGCAUGUUAAUACAGUAGAUCUGAAACAUACUACCCCCCCCCUCCUUCACAAUGUAUUUAGCUUUUUUUGGACAACUGCCAUCAAAUAGACUGAUGAAUUUACUCACUCAGAAUGACCAAGUCCAAAUAUGAUGUUCUCUGUUUUUAAAAUCUUUGGCCUUUUGAAGCUGGUAGAAGUUGGGGGGAGGGGAGAGAGAGAGUGGGCUUUGGUGUCAGUCAAUGUAUGCAAAAGUAUUUGAUGUAAUUUUAGUCUUCCUGUUGCACUCCUUUGAGUAAGCUGGGUCAUUGUGGAAUAAAAUAUAAGGGACUCUUGUCACCGUACAAUG